AUGGUUUCCCCAGACCCCCAAAUUAUCGUGGUGGCCCCCGGGGCUGAACCCGACUCUACGCAAGUCCAACGCACUGAGGACGGGGGAAUCAUUAUCCGGAUAUUUUGGGUGGGUCCCAAAGGCGAGCUGCUCACGCGAACCCCGGUGAAUUUGGUCACGCAGAUGCCGAUGGGGGUCCCGAUGGGGAAGUCGCUGCUGGCGCCGCUGACCUUCUUGGCCUUGGCCUCGUGCUGCUUUGCUGCUUACCGCCCCAGCGAGACCCUGUGCGGCGGGGAGCUGGUGGACACCCUCCAGUUUGUGUGUGGGGACCGCGGCUUUUACUUCAGCAGGCCGGCAAGCCGCGUGAGCCGCCGCAGCAGCCGUGGCAUCGUGGAAGAAUGCUGUUUCCGCAGUUGUGACCUGGCCCUUCUGGAGACCUACUGUGCCACCCCCGCCAAGUCCGAGAGGGACGUGUCGACCCCUCCGACCGUGCUUCCGGACAACUUCCCCAGAUACCCCGUGGGCAAGUUCUUCCAAUACGACACCUGGAAGCAGUCCGCCCAACGACUGCGCAGGGGCCUGCCUGCUCUCCUGCGCGCCCGCCGGGGUCGCUUGCUCGCCAAGGAGCUCGAGGCGUUCAGAGAGGCCAAACGUCAUCGUCCGCUGAUCGCCCUGCCCACCCACGACCCCGCGGCCCACGGGGGCGCCUCUCCGGAGGCCUCCGGCAAUCAGAAGUGAGCCAAAAUGUCGCGUAAUUCUGCAAGAUGGCACCGUCCACCUAGUGCCCUCCUCCUGGCCAGGGGCCGUUCCACCAGGCCCCGCCUCUGACCCCUCUCGGGAUCGCAUUCCCUCUGCGGGCUCCCCCAGCCCCGGCCCCCGCGCCCCAACCUCCCCAUGUCAGGCUCUUCUCUCCUUGGCCCUCUCCAUCGGGCUGAGGAGACUAGCAACAUCUCUAGAAAUGCGCAAACUCAAUUGGCUUUAAACAUCCCCCCAAAUUACCCCCCAAUUAUCCCCAAAUUGUGUAACCAGAAAACCGAAACUACGAACCCCUAACUCUCCCUCUCUCGUACACACACAUUAGUCCCCUUAAAACGAAUUGGCUUUUUUAAUUAGCUAAAAAAAAAAAACCCUAAAAUUAUCAAUUAGCUUAAAAAAAAAACAAACCCUAAAAUUAUCAAUUGGCUAAAGAAAAAAAUACCAGAACCGAAUUGGCUUAGCUUAGAAACAAUCGUGAAAGAAUUAGCCCCCUCCCCUUCCUUCUCUUCCCAGGACCUCGAGUCAGAUUGGCCGUGGCUCAGGCAUCCCCUCCAGGAGAAAGGAAGGGACCCCAGAUCUGCAGGUGGGCACGUCCGGGUCCGCAGCCGGCUCCCGCCUCCUCAGGCCGAUCUCCGGUCGCGCCGUGGGGAGAAUUGGGCGUCCUCAAACCAGCAAAGCCCCAGACUCGUUCCUCGCUCUGCUUCCCAUCCCCAAAGUCACCGCGGAGCUAGAGGGGCCUCCCAGGGAGACCGAAAGAGGGGAGAACAGAACAUGAACGCCAAAAUUUGUGGAAAUCGACUUUAUCGGUACAGAUCCCCAGACACCCUAAAUGCAUCCUCCAAAAUCCACACGGCCUCAGAUUCUACAUCUCAGUGUCCACCCUAAAGAACCCACACACCCACAGGCACCCCUGCAGACACCCCGACAGGCAUGCUCACACACGCAGACACACACAACCGCACGCACACUCACACGCUCACGCAUCGAUGCACACACGCUUCCACACGCACGCACACCCACACGCACGCACGCACACGCGCACACGGGGGAGCCCGGCACCGUGCAGUCUGUGUUCUGUCACAGACCUUUCCCGGACUUGCUCAUUGGUGAGGCUUUCAUGUCCUGUGCUCCCCUCCUGACUCCUGGGACGUGCUCCUUGGGUGGGAGAGGGGCGGUCCAUCUUCGGUGCAGGAGGUGGCAUUCCCCACGGUCCCCGUGGGGUGAGCCGGUGCCCCCAGGCCCCACCAGCAUCUGUGCCCCCUACCAUCAUGCGGAGCGAGGGCUGGGUUUGGCCUGGCUGGAGGCGGCUGUAGCCGAGCAGAGACCAAGACGUGCCCUACCCCGGAGCCUGACCCCCUAGGUGUGCUCUUUGAGGAACAUCUGGGACCCCCAGCACACCUAGGGACCAUCCUUGCCGGCCUUCUGGGGGCCUCUCAGAAAUGAGGGCCCUCCCAGGAGGCCGGCAACGAUGGUGGGGAGUGUGGGAAGUCUGGCGGUUGGAGGGGCGGG